AUGACAAUAUGGUUAAAUAAUGAUGAAAUGAAAAAUAUGAUGAACAAUAGACAAAACAUCAGAAAUAUUGGAAUAAUUGGACGAGUAGAUACUGGCAUUAGAACACUUAUUGAUAUACUAUCAAUAUCAAAUUUUAUUAAUAUUAAAAGAGGUGAUGUUGGAGUAGAUAAAGAUUUUAAAGAAGAUCUUUUCAAUAAAACAAAUAUUCCACUUUUUUUUGAACAAAAUAAUAAUAAUAAUACUAUUAAUAAUAAUAAAUUUUUAAUUAAUGUUAUUUUACCAAGAAAUCAAAUUGGAAUUCAAAAUCAAAUUUCAACAUUUCAUUUAAUUGAUGGUUUAUUAGUUGUAGUUGAUUGUAUUGAAUCAAGUCUUCCACAAGAGAAAACUAUUUAUCAAUCAAUUGGUGAAAGGGUUAAACCAAUUUUAUUUUUAAAUAAAUUUGAUCGUUUCAUUUUAGAACUUAAAUUAGAUAGUAGUGGAAUUUAUAAUUCAUUACAAAGAAGUAUUGAAAGAUUCAAUUCAAUUGCAACUUGUCAAAAAGAUGAUUUAUUAGGUGACGUUGAAGUUUCACCUGAAAAUGGUACUGUUGGAUUUGGUUCAUCAUUAUAUGGUUGGGCAUUUAAUUUAUCAACAUUCGCAAGAUUAUACUCUUUGAAAUUUGGUAUAUCUGAACAAUCUUUGGUUAAAAAUCUAUGGGGUGAAAAUUACUAUGAUCUAUCAUCAAAGAAAUUCUCUAAACUUUCAAUUAGUUCUGAUGGUAAACCAUUGAAACAUUCUUUCAUACAAUUUAUUUUAGAACCAAUCAUUCGAUUAACAACAGCCAUAAUGGAUAACAAAAAAGAAGAAAUCAAUAAAAUGUUAACAUCAUUGGGAAUCUCAUUAAAUAAUGAAGAGAAAAAAUUAAAAAAUUUACAACUUUACAAAGUGAUGAUGGUUAAAUUCACCCACCCAAUCUCAGAAUUCCUACUUUCAAGUGUAGUAAAACUUUUACCAUCACCAGUUGAAGCACAAAGAUAUAGAGUCGAUAAUUUAUAUGAUGGUCCGUUGGAUGAUGAAUGUGCAACAGCAAUUAGAAAUUGUGAUCCAAAUGGACCAUUAAUGAUUUACAUUUCAUCUAUGAUUGCAACUAAAAAACCCAACUUACCAUAUUUAGCAUUUGGACGUAUAUUUUCAGGUUCUAUUCAACCUGGUAAAAAAGUUAGAAUUAUUUGUAAUACAGAUUAUUGUGGUAAAAUUAAUUUCAAUCAAAAUAAUAAUUAUAAUGAUAUAAAUAAUAAUAAUAAUAAUAAUAAUAAUAAUAAUAAUAAUAAUAAUUCAUAUAGAGAUAAAACUAUUAAAGAAUUAUUUUUAUUAGAGGGUGCAAUGUUAGGACCAACAAUUAAUAAUUGUGCAUGUGGAAAUAUUAUUAGUAUUUUAGGUUUAGAAAAAUAUAUUGUUAAAACUGGAACGAUUACAGAUUCUGAUUUAGCACAUAAUAUUUUUAGUUUUAAAUAUUCAAAUACAUCAGUUGUUAGUGUAGCCAUUCAACCUAUACAACCUCUCGAUCUACCUAAAUUAAUUGAAGCCUUAAAAAGAUUGGUUCAAAUUGAUUCCACUGCAUAUUUUACUAAUGAAGAAACUGGUGAAUUGUUACUUUCUGGCUCUGAUGAAAAUCAUUUAGAAAGUUUAGUUGGUGAAUUAAGAAAUUCAAUUGAAAAAAUUAAGGUUUCCCAGCCGAUUGUAUCUUUCAAAGAAACUGUUACAAAUGAAUCAUCAAUUAAUGGUUUUCAAAAUCAUCAAAUAAACUCACUAGAAUGUUUUCAAGUGCAAGACCAAUCAGUGAACAACUAUUGUAUGAUAUUGAAAAUGAAACAUCAUGGAUGGAAUAUUUCAGAAGCAAAGAAAAUUUGGACAUUUGGGUCAACUUCACAAUUGGUGGAAUCAAAUUUAUUAGUUGAUUCCACCAAAGGUGUUCAAUAUAUAAGUGAUAUUAAAGAUCCAGUGGUUUGUGCAUUUCUUUGGGCAACUAAACAUGGAAUACUUUGUGAUGAGCCAUUGAGAGGUGUUCGAUUCGAUAUUAACGAUGUAUUAUUAUCAGGUGAUUCUAUUAGAAGAGGUAGUGGUCAAAUUAUUCCAAUGACUCGUCGUUGUUUAUAUGCAUCUCAAUUAAGUGCAUCUCCAACACUUCAAGAACCAAUCUUUAUGAUUGAUAUUAAUGCCUCUGAUAAAAUGCAUGAAAAAGUACUUUCAAUUCUAAAUAAACGUGGUGCAAAACUAUGGAGUGAAUCAAAAUCAUUAAAUGAUACAUUCAAUAUUAAAGCUCACAUACCAGUUUUAAAAUCAUUUGGAUUAUCUCAAGAACUUAAUUUUAGUACCCUUGGAAAUCAUCCAAUCUCUACUCAUUUCGUAUUUGACCACUGGAAAUCAAUGGGUACAGUUUGUGAAGAUAAAUUUGUAACUGAAACAGUUUUAGAAAUUAGAAAAAGAAAAGGUUUAAAUCCUGAAAUUCCAUCAUUAGAAGAUUAUAUGGAUAAACUUUAA